AUGCAGGUUCUUCGUCUCAGCACGCCUAUCCUCCGCUCAAGCACGCGCGCCAUGACCAUGCGUAUGUACAGCCCUGGUCCCGAGGGCAAGGCUGGCUCUGUGGCCGGCAGCAAGACCUGGAACACGCGCGAGAAGGCCGUGGAGGACCAGUACAUCAUCCAGCACGAGCGCGAGAAGCUCGAGAAGCUCCGCGAGUCGCUCAAGCACCAGGAGAAGGUCGUCGAUGACCUCUCCAAGCAGGAGAAGAAGUAA